UUUCCGGCUGCGAUUUACUCUCUGAGAGGCUUUUGUUUCCAUCGAUGUAAUGUUGAUCCCGAACAACCAGCCCACUGAUCGCGGUGUAACAAAAAUUCACCAACAUUUAUAUAUUCCGACUAAACAGUCCAAACAUUAUCAUGUCCGGUUAUCAUAAGAAAUUUGAUAACUGCAAUAACGAUGAACCAGACGCCCAGCUUCGUAUUGCUGUGCAACGAAGAGAUCGUAAGUUGGCAAAAUCACUUUUGAACAAUGGUGCUCAGAUAAAUUAUCCUCACGCAAGACCUUGUGCCACAAUAAUUCAUUUAGCUGUAAUGAAUCAUGAUGUAGAAAUGGUGUCAAUGUUGCUAGACAGCGGAGCUUAUUUAAACAAACAAAACACAUGCGGUGAAACUGCACUUCAUUUAGCUACGAUCGAUCGUGAUGUAAAAAUGGUGAAAGUGUUGCUAGACAAAUGCAUUUAUUUCGAUUAUUUAGAUAUUAAAGACAAUAACGGUAAAACUGCACUUCAUUUAGCAGCUGAAUGUGGCUCUGAGCCAAUAGUUAAAUUACUUGUCAACAAAGGAGCCAACGUAAACACCAUUGCUAAAGAUCAUUCAAGGCCAAUCGAAAAAGUUAUUUCGACUUGGAGAAAUAAUAUCUUUAAAUUACUUGUAUGUCAUGGUGCUAAUGUUGAUAUUACACUCAGUGAUGGUGAAUCACUACUCCUUAGAGCAAUUAAAAGCUGUGAACCAUCUACCGUUAAGUGUAUUCUUGAAAAAUCUUCAGUUGAUAAAAAUAUAAACAAAACCUGUCUUACAACAGCAGUACUUAAAGGAAAUGAAGAAAUUGAACAGCUCUUAAUUAAGCAUGGUUUCGAAGUUGAACCUCAAUGUGUUAAUAAUUCAAAAUUUUUUCACGCUAUCGUUAAAAGAGGAUAUACCAAAUUCGUAACUGAUCUUUUGACAAUGGGUGCUGAUGUUAAUGCACUCCGUCAAGAAACAACUAAAUAUACACUUCUUCAUACUGCUUGUAUAAAUCGAAAAUUAGAAAUGGCUAGAUUAUUAAUACAGCAUGAUAUUAACUUAAAUGUAAAAGAUCAUAAAGAAAAAACGGCAAUUUUUUAUGCCGUAAAAAAUGGCGAUUUUAAUAUCGUAAAGUUGUUGAUAACUAACGGAGCUUGUGUUGAAGAUGAUCCUGAUUUACUUAACAUUGCUGCUCUUAAUCAAUGCAGUGAUACUGUUCAAAUAUUACUGGAACAUGGUGUUGAUAUUAAUGCAUGUGAUUCUUUUGGAAAGACGGCUUUACAUUCAGCAUUUGUUAAACAGUCUUCUCAAUUGAACAACGAUGUAAUUUAUAAAAUCGAGCCGUCAUUAAUUCGAGUACUAUUAAACAAAGGUGCUGAUGUCAAUAUGCCAAUGAAUGAUGGCCGAACAGCGCUUCAUUUGGCUGUUCAAACUGAUAACAAAGAAAUCGUAAAUACUCUUCUGGAAUACAAUCCAAAAGUGAGUGUGUCAGAUGCUAAAGGAAUGACACCAUUACAUUCAGCUGCACAAACGGAAAAUUCCAAAAUUGUUGACAGCCUUCUGAAUAAAAAUGCAGAUAUUACAGCUGUGGAUAUAAAAGGCAUGACGGCAUUACAUUUUGCCGCUGAAGUAGGACAUUUAGACAUCAUUAAAAAUCUCUUGAAAUAUGAGCCUAAUGCCGAUGCUAUAGAUGAAUUCAACUCAACACUUUUGCAUGGUGCAGCUAAAUAUGGAUACUUAGAUACUAUUAAUUGUGUUAAUGGUGAAGGAUCAACUGCUCUCCUUAUCGCUAUUUCGCAUUCAUUAUCUCUAGAGUUUAUUCAAGAAUUACUCACGUUUGGUGCAGACGUUAAUUAUAGAAAUACCAAAGGAGAAACAGCUCUUCACAUUGCUUCAAAAAUGAAACAACGUGAAAUUAUUGAAAUUUUAUUAAGAUAUGGCGCAGACAUAAACAUUAAAUGUCAAAGGAAUAAAACCGCUUUACUUCAUACAUAUGAGUAUAAACGUCCAAAAUUUUUCAGUUCACGAGUUAUUGAUUGCGAUUGUGAGGAAUAUGGCUGUGGGUGUGCGGAUGAUUGUUAUAGUUGGGAACUAAGAGAUCAGUAUGACGAAGAAGAAUUUCGAUUUGAUCACUUUUCUUGUCAUGUCAAAGAUUGCUGUCCAAUUGUUGAAGUUUUCAAGCAUCAUAUUCUAAAACUCAAAGCUGUCAAGUUUUAUGUAGAUAAGAAUAACAUACUAGGUCUCGAAUAUUUUGAGGAGUUGAAAAGUAACGUAUAUUUCGAUGUAUUCGAUCAAAGCGACUCUGAUAGAGAUUCGUUUUCAGGAAGUCCAGUUGUUGAUAAUAGUAAAGUAAAUAUGGAAUUAGAGUCUAUGAAAAAUGAAAGAAUUGGCAACAGUAACAUAACAUUCUAUCACUUUUUGACAAGCAAUAUUCAUCAGUUAGCUAGAUAUGUCAAGAAUAAAAAUAUUGUCGAAGUCAUAAAUUCAAAUGAUUAUGAAUUGAUAUUUCCUAUUUUUUCUGAUAUCAUUGAGAGUCGCUUCCAUAUUGGAAUAGAAAGACACAAAUUGUUAGCACGCUGUGAUUUUCUUUGCGACUUUUUUGUAGACUUACCCGAUACUUGCAUUGAUGAAAUUCUAAGUUAUCUCAACAAUCAAGAGCUUAGAUUCUUAACCAAUGCGUACAAAAAUCAAUAUGUUUUAAACAAACGAAAAAUUUUCCUCAAUUUAUAAAUUUAAUGAUUGCAUAAUUAUAAACCAGAUAAUAAGGAAAUUUUUAUUUUACUUUUUUUUAUUUAUAAAAUGUCUAAAAAUGGAUGCGAAUCUGUUCAACUAUAUUACGAAAUAAUACAUAAAUAAAACUAUAAAAACUUUCAACAAUGAUUGUUAUCGAUACGAUUGAUCGCGGUUGAUUUACGCGUAAUUAUUUAAAUUUUAUAAAGUUUAUUAUGAAAAAUUAUAGUUUAUUCUGAAAAUAUAAUUAUUUAUUUUAAAUUAAAUACUUUUAUUCUAACAUUUAAAUGAAAGUUUUUAUGGUUUUAUUAAUUAUUAUUGAAUACAUAUUUCAAUAAUAUAAAUACUUUGUUUGCAAAUGAACGUUUUUC